AUGCACAUGUCCGAUUCUGAGGAUGAGUUGCCGCUCUCUCAACGAGCUGCUAUCAACAACAACCUCUCAGGUCUCGCACUUCCCAAUGCCACACCUUCUAUUCCAGUCAAAAAGGAAGAACCUAGCGAUUACGUGAUUACAGCCAAAGCUAGCGAUGAAGACUCGGACGACGACAUGCCGUUGGCUCAGCGUCUCAAUGGUCGAUCAAUCAAGCGUGCUGGCUCUGUAAAGUCUGAAAGCGAGGACGAUGAGAUUCCUUUGGCAAAGAAGCGUAAAAAGCUCUCUCUCAACAAGCCCAAGGUGAAGAAGGAAUCAUCAUCGGCGUCGUCCAAUGGCAAGCGUAAGAAGGAGAGUGAUGACAAACCGUUGGCCAAGCGAGGGAAAAAGGAGUCCACCCCAUUGACGAGUGCAGCAGCCAAGAAGGCGAAGAUCAAGGAAGAGCAAGAGGCGGAGAUUUACAAGUGGUGGGAAGAACAAGAGCAAAAGGGAAUGGCCGAAGAUGAUACCAUCAAAUGGACCAAAUUGGAGCACAAUGGUGUCCUUUUCCCACCUGAUUACGUUCCUCACGGUGUCAAGAUGAAGUAUGAUGGCAAGCCUAUUACGCUCUCUCCUGAAGCUGAGGAAGUGGCCAGUUUCUAUGCCGCUCUACUUGAAACGGAUCAUGGCAAGAACCCCACCUUCCAAAAGAACUUUUUCAAUGAUUGGCUCAAGAUUCUCAAAAAGGAUCCACAGAAUCCAAAAAUCACAUCAUUUGAAAAGUGUGAUUUCCGUCCUAUCUGGGAAAAGUUUGAACGCGACAAGGAGAAGAAGAAGCAAAUGACCAAGGAAGAAAAGCUCAGAAUCAAGCAGGAAAAGGACAAGUUAGAGGAGCCUUUCUUGUAUGCUUAUGUGGACAAUCGUAAGGAAAAGGUUGGCAACUUCCGUAUCGAACCACCAGGUUUAUUCCGUGGUCGUGGUGCACAUCCCAAGACUGGCAUGCUCAAGCAACGUGUACUUCCGGAGCAGGUGACCCUCAAUCUUUCCAAGGAUGCCAAAGUGCCACCAGCUCCUCCGGGACACAAAUGGGCCAAGAUUGUUCAUGACCAAACGGCCACAUGGCUUGCUACCUGGAAGGAGAAUGUCAAUGGUACCAUCAAGUACGUCUUUUUGGCUCAAUCUUCAGCAUGGAAGGGUCAAAGUGAUAUGCAAAAAUUUGAAAAGGCUCGCGAACUCAAGGGCUUGGUGAGCAAGAUCCGUAAGGAUUAUACAUCGCACUUGAAGGACCAGAAUCGUUUGACUCGUCAACGUGCCACGGCCAUGUACCUCAUUGAUCGAUUGGCGUUGAGAGCUGGCAAUGAAAAGGGCGACGAUGAAGCUGACACUGUGGGUUGCUGUUCUUUACGUGCUGAGCAUAUCGAAUUGGAGUCACCCAAUACGCUUCACUUUGACUUUUUGGGUAAAGAUUCCAUUCGUUACGUCAAUUCGGUGGCCGUUGAGACCCAAGUAUUCAAGAACAUAAAGCAAUUCAAGGCCGAUGCUCUGAAACGAUAUGCUGAAGCAAAAAAGAAGAAUCCAAAGGGCGAGAUUGAUCCUUUGAUCACGUCACUUUUUGAUGACUUAUCGACCGGUGCAUUGAACAAGCACUUGAAUAGCUACAUGAAGGGAUUAUCAGCCAAAGUGUUCCGUACAUACAAUGCAUCGCACACUUUCCAGAAGCAAUUGGAGAAGCUCACCAACAUGGAAGAAAGUAUCCCUGACAAGAUGCUCUCAUUCAAUCGUGCCAAUCGAGAUGUGGCAGUCUUGUGUAACCAUCAACGUGCGGCACCCAAGGGCCACGAACAACAAAUGGGAAGAAUCCAGGAUAGGAUCCGAGCCCUGAAAUACCAGCGCAUGAAAUGCCGGAAGCAGAUCUUUGAAUUGGAUGCAAAGUACAAAAAGAUCGCAGAGUAUGCCCAGCCUGAAUCAGAUUUGGAGGAUGAUUGGAUUGCUGAACAUGAGGAGAUGUUGAUCAACAAGGAGCGUGAGCGUGUCAAGAACAAGUUUGCCAAGCAGAAUGAAAAGCGAAAGGAAGCCAAGGAGCCCUUACUCCCUGAAUCUCAACUCAAGGAUGACCUGAAAGCUGUUGACGAGAUGGCGAAGCGAUUAGCAAAGGAGCGCAAGACAGGACGUUCCGAACCCAAGUCAAGUGCCACCGUCGAGAAGCUUAUCAACAACCUCGCCAAGUUGGAUCAACGCAUUGCGGCUGUCAAGGUUCAGGCUACUGAUAAGGAAGAGAACAAGGAAAUUGCUCUUGGCACUUCCAAGAUGAACUAUAUCGAUCCACGUAUCAGCAUAUCAUGGUGUAAAAAGUACGAGAUUCCCGUGGAAAAGGUGUUCAACAAGACGCUCCUAGAAAAGUUCAGGUGGGCACAAACCGUAGGACCAAAUUGGAAAUUCUGA